AGUCAUCUCUCCUUCGCGCCGAUUCAAGUCGAAAAUGUCAGACAAGGUCAAGGAAGUCGCGGUGGAGGAGUUCGAGCAGGCGAGAGUUCUCACCAGAGACGCGGUCCGAUCAGGCGCGUACCUCUACCCUCUCAAGGGUAUCGCGUACUUUUUCGUGCACCGCAGCUUAUGGCGUCCUCUCACUGCGAAACUCAUCCCUACCGUCUCCCUAGGACUGGGUGUGACGGCCUUCAUGUUCGCCGUGACCUACGUCCCGCAAGCCGCAGUCCUCACCCUCGUCAAUGGCCCGCUCGCCAUUGUGACCACGGUCCUCCUCGUCCUCAGCGAGAGUUCGACCAUCUUCUCUGUCCUUAGCAAGAACUUCCUCAUCGAUGAUGCGCUCAUCGACACCUUUGACGGCACGCUGCUCAGCCGCAACCUCAACUCUCUCGUCUCCACUGAGCGCCAGGUCAAGUCCGGCAAUGAUCCAAUAGGAAACCUCGGCAAGCUUAUGAAGAAGCCGUUUGAGCGCUUCACCCCGAAGGCCAUCAUUCGGUACUUUCUCUACCUGCCGCUGAACAUGAUUCCGGUCGUAGGCACGGUUCUCUUCGUGCUGCUGCAAGGGCGCAAGUUCGGCCCCACAGCGCAUGCGCGGUACUUCCAGCUCAAGCAGAUGUCGAAGAGGGACAGGGAUGAGUUCGUCGGAAAGAGGAAGGCUGCAUACGCCAGCUUCGGCGUCCCCGCAGUCCUCCUCGAGCUUGUUCCCAUUCUAGGCAUAUUCUUCGCCUUCACCAACACCGUUGGCGCAGCACUCUGGGCCGCAGACAUGGAGCAGAAGAACGCAGGCGGGGAGAACACAACUGCUCCGAAUCUGCGCAACCAGGCGGAGUUGGCGAAGAAGUCGGAGUAGUGAGGAAGCGCUCUGCCACACUUCCUCUUUCCUCUAAAAUUCCUCUAAAUUGUGUGGAGGCUUGAUGCUGAUGACUUAUGCAUAAGCCAGUCUGAACCGUAUGUUCGGUAUGGGCCAAACGGGCGUUAUAGAUACCCCUGGAAGCCGCCUUGGGCAAAAGGUGAUCGUCUCGGUUGGUGAUGGGCGAGGCGUUACGGGUUUGUGGAUGCUCGAGGACAUCGGGACAGUGGAGUAUUGCCAGUACACACGGCACGAGGGUCGAUAAGGCUUCAGAAGGAUUCGCCGGCACGGUGCCAUACCUAGAGAGCAUAUUCCUAUCCAAUACACAUGGAUGAAUCAUUCAGA